AUGCGUCUCACCAUCUCAUCCGUCCUAGCCUUGCUGUUUCUGCAAAACCAAGCCCUACCCACAAACAACACUCUCGAAAACUUCGUGAUUCCCGGCUUCAUUCCCAUUUCUUCGGGCGCGGACUACGAGCUUUGUACCCAGGGCUGCUGGCCCGCUGCUCUCAUCUGCUUGUCUCCUGCUGUGAGCUCUCCAAAAGCGAGUGGCUGUGUCCCCGUCACUUUUACCAGCCCUCUUCUCGAGUGGUACACACGUAGGGAGUUUGGUGCUAUUAGUUUGGGGUGCACUGCACCUCCUGGCCAACCGGAUUGCUGGACUUGUUGCCUCGAUAUCACUCCUGUUUUUUAG